UAUAUCUUCAUCUCUGAGGAUGAACCUGGAGUUGAUCUGACGGGGGAGUGAUCAGAGUCUUUGCUGUGUGACGAUACACCGAUAACUCUGGACAUCAUGACAUCCAGCGGAGCCACACUGAAGUGUCGUCCUCCAUCACUCGCUCUCUGCUCGGUCUGGAUUCUCCUUCUCAUACCAGCUCUGUGCAGCGCCGUCGAUGUGAACUGCUCCGAGCCGAACCAGCCGGCCCUGCUGAAGGCUCUGAAUCCAGUGUUCAACCUGAGCGCCAUACGACCUGUGAUGAACCUCACGACCCCCACAUACAUCACCACCUCGUUCACCAUGUACGGGAUCCUGGGAGUGGAUGAAAAGGCUCAGCUCUUGGAGACUUAUAUCUGGCUGCAUUAUUGGUGGAGGAACGAGUUCGUCACUUGGGAUCCAGUCCAGUGUGGCAGCGACAAGAUAUCUCUUCCCAGGUCCAAGUUCUGGGUGCCGGAUAUCGUCAUCAAUGAAUUUAUGGAUGAGAACACCGCCCCCUCUGUCCCGUAUGUGUACCUGCACAGCGACGGCAGGGUGCACGACGCUCUGCCGGUCAAAGUGGUCAGCUCCUGUAACCUGGACAUCUACACGUUCCCCUUUGACAUCCAGAACUGCACCAUGACUUUCAACUCCUACCUUCACUACGCGAUGGACAUCGAGAUCAUCCUGGGGAAGACUGCAGAGAACAUAACUCUGAACUCUAAGAGGGUGAUGACCACCAUGGGGGAGUGGGAGCUGCUGGAGAUCACCACCUCCCAGAAAAACUUCAAGGGGAAAAAUAAGGCCGACUACAUCGACGAGAUCGCGUUCCACGUCAGAGUGAGACGCAGAGCCACCCUGUACGUGGUGAACCUGCUGAUCCCCAGCUGCUUCCUCAUCACCGUAGACCUCUUCAGCUUCAUGCUGCCUCCAAAGAGCGUAGACCGGUCCUCCUUCAAGAUGACCCUGAUCCUGGGCUACACCGUGUUCCUGCUCAUCAUGAACGACCUGCUGCCCAUCACCGGAGACUCCAUCCCUCUCAUCAAUGUGUUCUUCUCUCUCUGCCUGGCUCUGAUGGUGGCGAGUCUUCUGGAGACGAUCCUCGUCACUAACCUUCUGAACGGCUCGGCUGAUUUCUCUCCGAUGCCUCGUUGGCUCCGUCUGGUUGUUCUGCAGUUCCUGGGAUGUGUAGUCUGCCUCCCUCUGAAGCCCAAAAAGCCAAAAGACCUCGAUCUGAAAUCUGUGCUGCCAAAGAGGACAGCAGGUGAUGGACCCUCAGACGUACCUGGAUCAGGUGCAGAGGCCCAGACUCUUCAGGAGCUGAGGAGCCUGGGCAAAGACCUGCAGGCCAUCCGUCAGCAGGUGGAGAAGCAGCUGGUCCAGAGCCGGAGCUCAGAGGAGUGGAUCCAGGUGGGUUUCAUCAUAGACCGCCUGCUGUUCGGCCUCUACAUCCUCUUCAUAUCAGUCAGCUUCGUUACCAUCAUCAUAAUCUGGGAGAACUCGUACCGGAAGUAGAGACCGCUCUCUGACAGACGCUCACAUGUCUGCUGGAGUUUAAACGUCUGGUUGUUUUCUUUUGGAGCUCAGAUAUUUAUUCUCCCUCUAAAGUUUGAAUCUGUGUAAUCAUUAGAUGUUCAUACAUUAAACUAGCUCUAUUAGCUCUACUAGCUCUACUAGCUCUAUU